CUUCCGUCAGCUGAUGGUCAACAGAGACCUGCGGCCGCUGAGACGCCUCUGAACACGCCAAAAACAGGAGAGAACAGGAGUCAAGUUAGGGCAGCUCACCUGUUUGGGAGACCUUGUGAGUUGUUCAUAGCCCCCCACUUGAGGGAGGAGGCCCAGCUCCCCAGCCGUCACCUGUGCAGGUCGGUAUGAGCUCCAGAGGGAGCAGCAGCCGCUCCAAUGGCACACUACCACAGACCAAGAUCUGCCAGUUCAAGCUGGUUCUGUUGGGGGACAUGGCUGUAGGCAAGUCCAGCUUGGUGCUGCGCUUCGUCAAGGGACAGUUCGACGAGUUCCAGGAGACGACCAUAGGAGCUGCGUUCUUGGCUCAGUCGGUGUGUCUAGAUGAUACCACAGUGAAGUUCGAGAUCUGGGACACCGCGGGACAGGAGCGGUACCACAGUCUGGCUCCCAUGUACUACCGCGGAGCGCAGGCUGCUAUUGUCGUCUUCGACAUCACCAAGCCGGAAACCUUUGAACGAGCCAAGGCCUGGGUGAAGGAGCUACAGAGACAGGCCAGUCCUAACAUCGUCAUAGCGCUGUCUGGAAACAAGGCUGACCUGGCUGAGAAGAGACUGGUGGAGUUUGAGGAAGCGCAGGCGUACGCUGAGGACACCGGCUUGCUGUUCAUGGAGACGUCUGCCAAGACGGCCAUGAAUGUGAACGAGCUCUUCUUGGCUAUUGCAAAAAAGAUGCCCAAAACAGACACCCAGAACCCGACCCACGCGGCGCGACAUCGCGGCGUCAACCUCCAGGACCCGGACGCUCACUCCACCCGAGCCUGCUGCGGGGGGAACUAGACGGCUGCACCCUCCACCUUCCCCCACUCGCACCAUCUUUAUUUUCCUGCAAACAGUUGCACAGGGGUGGCCCUGAUCCACCCGCCCCUCGUACGCUCCAUCUAUCCUCCUGUCCGAGCAACAACAGAAACCCAAAGGAUUCUCGUGAGCAGCUGGAACUGGAGGACAGAGACUCGCAUUUACAAGUCACAAGCAAAAAAACCUGAGAUCGUCAGAAGGGAAGUGCAGAAUGACGGACUGUGGCAAACCUGUUGAAGUAUUUAGCACUAAUUCUGUUCCUGUCAGCCUUACAUCCGUUCAGUCACAGAGCCGCACUUGUGGACAGGAAGGAUUAAAACGUCAGACGAAGACCACCUUUAGUCUUCUUUUGCUCGCUCUUGCUUU